AACCCAGGAAUGGCCAACAUUGUGGUGAAGACCAUCUGGCAGUCCAAGGAAAUAAACGAAGCUGGAGACACAUCGACGGGGACGGAGAGUCGGGCUCAGGGCAGCAAGGAGCAGCUGGGGAAGUCGAGCAGCCUGAAGGGCUUCCCCAAAAAGAAGAAAGCCGUCUCUUUCCAUGGGGUUGAGCCCACCGUGACCAAUGAAAACCCCAACCUCAACUUGAAGCGUUCCUCCGCCUGCACCAACGUUUCACUCCUGAACCUAACGGACGGGGAGCGUGAUGACUCCACCACCACUGAGAACGAGUCCACAGAUGACGGGGGUCCUCCGGGAGGAGCAGGUGGCGAAAGAAGGGAUCCCUUGCUCCCCAUCAAGUCAGCGUGGUCCGAGGAUGAAGAUGACACCUCCAGCCAACAGGAGAGUUGCCGGAAGGUCUCAAAAUCAGUAGAGGAUGCUGAAAUGAAGACCAACGUGCUCAAGAAGAACUCGGUGCUGCUGGAGGAGAAGCUGCGUUUCUUACAGCGGCAGGUGCAAGCGGAGGAUCUUGGCCGGCAGGAGCGAGAGUGGCAGGAGCUGGAGCAGCGGAUGGCGUCCGGGGUCUCCAAGCAGCUCCUCGACCUGGUGGGCAGUGCAGCAGCCUCGCCCCUGAGAUCCCCCAGCCUGGAGGAGGGUGACCUGCAGCGGGCCACCGCUGCGAUCCUGGCGUCCAUCAACAGCCUGCGAGGGGCGCUGGAGAGCGGGCAGUCACGAGGAGGGCCAGGGGACGAGGGGGCCUGCGACGGAAAGCUAAACACAGUCGCCACCUUGGCAUGCAUGGAAGAGAUCAGGAAAUGCGUGCUGGAGCUAACCGGGAGGUCUCAGCGGGAUGGGCUGACCCAAAAGGAGGUGCUGCGGUUGCUGGCCCAGCUGGGAGUGCGCUUGGAGGGGGUGCUUCCCCAGUGGGAGAGGACGCACCUGGAACACGGCCAGGCGCUCAGGAUGCUGCGAGAGGAGCUGGAUGAGGUCUCUGCCACGGCCAAGCGGACGUCUGUCUCUCUCACCCAGCUCCGCGCUGACCUGGAUGGCCUGUGGCAAGUGAAGUCACUCAUGGAGGAUGUGUCGCGGCAUCUCUCAGCACUCAAGCCCCUGGAGACGCCUGACAGGCACCCUGCUAGCUGCGCCAGAUGUUCCAGGUACUGGCUUCAGAGACACACAAGGGUGGAGGGGUCAGGAUGGGGGGAAUAUAAGCUGAGCCAGGACUUUGUGAACACGGACACGCUGAGACAGAUGGUCGAGCAUGCCAUGGCGCCCGUCCUGGAAGAGCUUAAGCAGAAGGCGCUCCCCCCGGGCCCAUGCCCCAGCUGCCAGCGCUUGCAGAAGAAGAUAAUGGAUCUGGAACACACGGCUGUGGACACUCGCGCACGAGCAAAUGCCCUGAGUUCGAAUGUACGCCUGGCCCAGGAUGAUGCCCUGAGAGCCAAGAACUAUCUGGAGCGGGCCAAGAUCGCCACGGAGGAUAAAGCAACUGCCCUGGAUUACCUCCAGAACAAGCUGAGUUCCCUCCACUCGCAGCUGUCCCUGGUCUCCCAGGAGGGAGGGCCCCAGUCCUCAACGACCUCCACCACUUCCUCUAUAAGCCUCGCCAAGCGGAACUCCUGCCCGUCUGAAUUAAACCGUGACCCCCAAUAA